AGAAACAAGAAAGAAAAGGAAGAAAGAAAAGAAAAUUUGAUGUAACGCCUCUUUUGGAAAUUACUUGUCAUGGACCUCUACCUAGAGCAGUGAGCCACAAGUCCCACUAUUAAGGGAUGCAAAGAAUUUGCUGAGUAGGAUUCAAAGGACAAAUGCCACAGAAGAUUGAACUCUACUGGUAUUUUCAAUAGCACUUCUACUGUUUUUGAUAAUGCUUUGGCCCCACAGUUUUCUAUUUUUAGGAUUUUUCACUAUCCCAAUUUCCAGCAUACUUAAUGCAUGUGGUUUGGAAGUUGAGGGGGUAUUUCAGAAAUACAUGUAUUGAGUUUUCACAGGAAUUCUUGUAUUUAGGUACUGAGUAGAAUUUUCUGAAUUUGCUUUUGUUUCCACACGUGUAUGAUAUUUGUAUAUAUUGUUGUUGUUGUUGUUUUCUGCUGCUGCUACCUGAACAUUUCACACUCUUGACAGGUUUUGUGACUGAGGAGGCAUGAUGUGAACUCAUUCAAUAAGAGCAAUAUGUUUGUCAGCAAUUUCUGCUUAGAGUCCUGCCCUGUUCUCCUUGAUUGCUCAGGCUGUUAACAUCAGAACGAAUUGGUCAGACGCGGGUGUGGUGCAGUUUGCAGAAUGGCCACCAGAGGGCAGGGCUUCCUUCAGAUGUGGUUCAGGUUGUACUCAGAGACUGCUGCUUGGCAGCCACAAGGCAUUGCCUGCUCCUGGGCAGGAGGGGCUCUCCGUUUGCACAAGCUCUCGCUGGAUUUUAGCCCUGUUAGUUUCGGUGUAUUCCAGAGAGCAAGGCCUAGUUUCUUUUGCUAACAUGCUUUCUGCCACUCACCCCGUUCUUGUGAUCUUCUUAAUCAUCAGAGGGACCAACGGAGACUCAGUGAACCAGACAGAAGUCCCAGUGGUUCUUCCAGAGGAGGCACCUAUGACUCUGAGCUGCGCUUAUGAGACCCUUGAUUCAGCUCCCUAUCUUUUCUGGUACGUCCAGUCCAACAGAGCUCCUCAACUCCUCCUGAAGGGGUCAACUGCAAACCCGAGGGCAGAGGAGCAAGGUUUCCAGGCCACUCUGGUUAAGAGUGACAAGACCUUCCACCUGCAGAAACGCUCAGUGCAAACAUCAGACUCGGCUGUGUACUACUGCGCCCUGAGUGACACAGUGAGAAGGGCUGCAGGGGGAGCUGAGCACAAACCCAGAGGGCACAGGUGGGGACUGGCUGUGGGCUGCCCUGGGAGGGGCGGGUUCUUCUCUGUCUCUGCUCUGGCAUGCUGGAGGCAUCCUCAGGAUAUUUCCAGCUCUGAUGCUCAGAGCCAGGAUCUUGGAAUUCUUGGAUUGCUGGACAGAGAGGAAUCUAGGCCAGAGCAGUUUAAGAGGAACCUAAGAGCUCGUCUCCGAAAUGCGUUUCUUCUCAGCCCAGCCUCUUUCCUCCAGAUGGCACAGAAUUUCUUGGAAAUGACACUAGCUCCACCAUCUUCCUGUCAUCACGGCAGCUCUUACAGAACACUCAAUAAUCAUCCCACCUCUGGACUUGAGAUCCGUGCUUUGAGAAAUUCUGGAUUCUGGACAUGGCCAGGACCGCGUAACCUAACGUCUUGUUUCUAUCAUGGCAUUUAUGCCUGUGGUCCUUCUGAAGUGAGUCUGAUUCAGUGGCCAAGGAAACACUCAGGUGUUUGUUUAUGCAGAGACAAGGACACACAUGGACUCUUGUUCACUGGGACCCCAAGGGCUUACAGUAGUCCCUAGUUUCUCCACCAAAGGAACACAAACCAGAGAAAUGUGUGCCUCUCAUGGAAACCCUCAGGGAACGUGGCUCAGCAAGAGACGCUUGUCCUAACACCCUGGAGAUCCCUGCAUGUCCUCUGUCCUUUGUCCGUCUUGCAUGAUUCACUGGGCCUGAUGGGUCUGCAUGCAGUUUUCGGGGCCUGAAGGUUCUUUGAUUCCUGAGGCUCUCCCUAAGAAACAGAACCUAGAAUUACAAAUACAUGUUUCUGGGCCCCAGGAUCAUAGGUCUAUUUUGACCCAUGGGAACUCAGCCUCUGGGAUCCCAUAAAGAUCACCGUCUUCUUUAAGACCCAGCUUCCUAAUUGUCUCAUUCUGUCCUGAUAUUUCUAGUACCCACAGGAAUAGAAUCAUAUGGUGUCUGGCCCUUGGUGACUGGCUUUCACAGAGCAGAGUCUUCUCAAGGUCUGUCCAGUUAACAGUACUUCCCUACAUCUCGUGGUGGCGUAACAGUCCACCGUCUGAAAACCCCAGUUUCUUUAUUCAUUCAUCCCUUGGCCAUUCAGUCGAUGUUUCCACUUUUUAGAUGUUACGAACAAAGCUGCAAUGAACAUUCAUGUACGCCAGCUCUGUCACUCUAAACUGUAAUAAACUUUGAAUUAUGAGUUUUGGCUUUUUGCUUUGUUUUCUCUUAUGUUUUGUUUUCUUUAGUUUUGUUUGCGUUAUGUGGUACCAACAUUUCUCUCUUGAUAUAAAAUGAGUAAAUGCCUGAGGAGAAACUCUUUUAAAAGAAUGCUUUACACCAAUGAGAGAUAUUACCAUUCCGAGUUAUACCUGCAUUCAUUUAAGAAAUCUUUUGGAUCAGCUACUCAUAUGUUCCAGUCACUUGCAGAAAGGCUGGAACUAGAGUUUACACGACAGAGAGUCUGCAGCUUUAAGACUUUAGAACGCAGUGCAUUAAAUGACACAUGCGUCGGAAAACAAUGCUUCUUUCGCAGAUUAGCUGAUUCACUCACUAAGCUGUAUUUGUGGCACUACUGUUCUAUAGGCAAAGGGCAAAGCAUUUUGUACCACUCCCCACCUCUCUAGGUCAAUACUGUCACAGUCCCAGUUGACAGAUGAUGAAGUUGCAGGUGCAUCAAGCAACUCCCUCAAGUUUGCAUCUCCACGGAGGAGCAGAGCUUGGGCUCGGACCUAAAUCUGUCUGAUGCAUGACUAAUGCUCUCCACAAGCAGUUGAUGGAGCCAUCAAGACAUCUUUCUUCUCUUCACUCCAAAUAGGCUGGAAUUCUUAGAUCGCAUCAUUUUUGAAGUGUUCAUUUGAUGAAAAGGCAGUUAAGGCAACAAUCAAAGCAAUACUUUACCCAACUGCCAAUCACUGGAGUCUAUGUAGAUACCUGCAUGUUGAAGCCAGAAGAGGAAGUCACCAGUUUUUAUGUUCUUGAAACACAAAGUAGCUCAGAUGCUCUCUGAUGGAACAGUCUGGCUAUUCUCGGGGCCAUGGCUGAGCCUCCGGGGCUGUUAUCUGGAGACAAACGUGUACUUGCCAUGGAAAUGGGAACUAUAGUUUUCAAAAACAAGCUAAAAUUACUCCCAAUACAAACAGAAAUACACCCAAAAAAUCCUCACUGAGCGUGUAGGACACAGCAUUUUCUUUCUGCUACAGGAUAUAUCUCAUGAAAAUUGAUUUGUUUAUCCAAUUCUACAUACAGGAAUGAUGGCAACAUGAUGGGGACGUUUCAUUGAUUCUUGGUAUUUUUCUAAGCACAUAAAGAGUUUGUGCCCAAAGAAAAACUGUCAGAGGCAAUUUUCUCACAAUAAAGAAGCCUCAGCGCUGGUGUUAGCAGAAUCGGUUUCGGUGGCUUCACGAAUUUCUAGGGGUUUCAAGUUCAAGUUACCUGGCAAAGCUGAGCACGAGGAUAAGAGGAAUUCCAGUCUAUCCUCGUGUCUAAUGUUAAACACAUUAGUCUGUGAAGAGAGUAACAUUUAAAAUUUUGACAAGCCUGGGGUUUUGGGAAAUGUUCACAUGGACCUCUCGCUAGAGCAGUGAGCCCCAAGUCCCACCCUUGUGAGGCUGCAAAGAGUUUUCUGAAUCUGAUGCAAAGCUCAAAUGCCCCUGGAGACUGAACCCUUGACAUUGGACAAGAAGGCUUCUGUUGUUCUUGACAAUGCCUUGGCUCCAACGUUGUCUAUUUGUAGGGUUUUCUCUGGCCCAGUUUGCACAGUUCUUCAUGUAGGUGGUUUGGGAGAGUUGUAGAGAUUCAGAAACACCCGUUGAGUUUCCACCAGGAUUCUUGUCUUCAGGCACUGAGUAAAAUUUUCUUAAUUUAUUUGGGUUCUACACACCUCAUGAGUGUACAUACAUGUGUCUUUUCCCCCUGCUGCUGUGUGAACAUAGCACAGGUUUGACAGAUUUUGUGACUCAAGAGGUGUGAUGUGAAAUCAUUCAUUAGCAACAACAUGAUGCUCAGGGAACACUUACUGGAUUCCAUGCAAAGUCAGAACACGUCUUUUGCUUUUCUGCUGGCAAGUCAAAACCCCAUAUACUGUUCUCCUUUACUUCCUGAUCCAAGAGGAACUGACGGAAGAGGGUUCAAUCUGCCAUGUUCAUUUCCAACCUGAGAGUUAUCAUUAGACAAAUUGCUGUGCAAAAGCCUAGCGUUUCCUCCCUGGGAGGAAGGG